UCACAUGUUGGCUAGCGUUGCCAGUUGAUGCUACCGAAAGCUUGACAAAAUUUAGAAAGUCAAAAACGAAGAGUUAUUGAGACACCAUUGUGUUGUUGCGGGCACCUUCUUUUGAGAUGCCGUAAUAUCUCCGUGUAUCGUUGGAUGAAACAUACCUGUUAAUGUUUUAUUUAUUCUGACAGGCUAAUGUAGCUAGCCUGUUUGCUAGCCAGGAAGAUUUGACAUCCACUGUUGGCUUCAGGUUAGCUAACACAGUCAACACAGGAGCUGAAAUAUAGAGAGCUCCAGAUGCGGCUAAAAGACCCUUUCUCUUUGAAAGCCGCCGAUAUGACUAAGCGGACUAAUAAACCAAGGAAACCUCGAGAUGAAGAGUCAUCAGAUGAAGUCAGCGGGUUGACUUGCCAGCAUGUGAGUAAGGCAGUGGACCUGAGCUCAGUGAAGAAGUCAGUCCUCUCUAGCGUGUGGUUGGUGUGCUCUGAGUGCCUAAAGGAGAGGACCAUGAUCGAUGGAGAGCCAGCAGCAUCACAUGACAUCCUGGUGUGCUUAAAGUGUGGUUUCCAGGGCUGUAACCAGUCGGGGAUCCAGCACGCUGUCAAGCACUAUCAAGCUUUUCAUCCGGAGUCUCACUGCAUCACCAUUAGCUUGAGCACAUGGAAGGCCUGGUGUUUUGAAUGUAAUGAGGAGCUCUCCACUCACUGCAACAAGAAGGCUUUGGCUCAGUCCCUGGACUUUUUACAAAAGCACUCUGUCAAGGCAACAUCAGCAGCAUCACCCAAGUUCAUCAAACUGCGAGAGGAGCCAUCAGAUUAUACUGAGUUACCCAGAGGCAAGAGUCCAGUCAUCAACAGCACCCUGGUUCCUGUCAAAGGCAUCAAUAACCUUGGUAACACCUGCUUCUUCAACGCUGUUAUGCAGAACUUAUCCCAGACACACAUGCUCAUUGACCUUAUCCAGGAAGUGAAGGAGAAAGGGUACAAACUGAGGAUCUGCCCCCCUGUCGAGGCCAAUCUGAGUCAGUUGACGGUAACACUGCCCAGUCCAGAGCCCUUGACUGCGGCCAUGUUUCUCUUCCUUCAGAGCAUGAAAGAACCAGGGAAAGGCCCAGUUAAUCCCAAGAUCCUUUUCAAUCAGCUCUGCCAAAAAGCUCCACGCUUUAAGGGCUACCAACAACAAGACAGCCAGGAGCUUCUGCACUAUUUAUUGGACUCCAUCCGAGUAGAAGAAACUAAAAGGGUGAAAGCAGGCAUUCUCAAGGCUUUCAACAAUCCCACAGAGAAGACAGCAGAUGAGGAGACCAAACGCCAAGUCAAAGCAUACGGGAAGGAAGGUGUGAAAAUGAACUUCGUUGACCGCAUCUUUGUAGGCGAGCUGACCAACACAAUUAUGUGUGAAGAGUGUGAGCAUAUCUCCACUGUGAAGGAGGCUUUCAUAGACAUCUCUUUACCCAUCAUAGAGGAGAGGAUGUCAAAACCUACCAAUCCUAGUAGGCUGAGCAAAGGCAGCAGGGAGCAGGACGCCCACAUGGCUCACACUGACCAGGUUCUGCCUGCAGUGCACUCUGUCAACCGAAACACCAGGAAGCUGGGUGGACAGAAACAACAGAGCAGGAGGGCAUCAGGCUCUGUGGAGGAGAAGGGAGCAGGCUGCAGUGCGGAGCGACCAGAGGAGGAGGGGGUAGCUGGUGGAUCAGCUCGUGGUGUCACAGUCUGCAAGAUGGCCACUGCCGGCAGCCUAUCAGACGGCAGUGAAAGAGACUCAGGUGCUCAGGACAGCAGUAACGACGCUGACAGUGAGGCCUCAGAGAGUGAGUGGGCCCCACGCACCUUCUCCUCCAGCCACGGGCACGGGCACAUGUCCACCCCAUCGUCCACUUCCACCCUCACUCCAUCCCCUACGCCCGUCUCUGCCUCCUCCCCCUCGUCGUCAUCCUCCACAAGGCAAGGCGGCGCUGUAGAGCAGCUAAUUACUGCAGUGUCUAAAGUCAACCUGGGCUUCAGUGGGACUGGGGACUGCUCACCUUCCACGCAUUGUUCGCCGGAGGAGCAAGGAGAAACACAGUCACGAGAGAACCUCCACCAUCAGCACCACCAGGGAGCCUUCCAGGCGCUGUCCCACAGUUACACACCCAGCUCCAAGGAGUGCUCCAUCCAGUCCUGCCUCCACCAGUUCACCUCUGUGGAACUGCUGAUGGGCAACAACAAGCUUCUGUGUGAGAGCUGCACUGAACGCAGACAGAAACAGCUGCGCAAGAGCAGCUCAGCUGACAAGAAGACGGAGAAGAUUUACACCAGUGCCAGGAAGCAAAUGCUGAUAUCCUCGCUGCCUCCAGUCAUCACAUUGCAUCUUAAACGCUUCCACCAGGCAGGGAUGAACCUACGAAAGGUGAACCGCCAUGUCGACUUUCCUCUGAUCUUGGAUCUGGCUCCAUUCUGUUCAGCAUCCUGCAAGAACCUUGCAGCCGGUGAGCGUGUCCUCUACAGCCUGUAUGGGAUUGUCGAGCAUAGCGGCUCAAUGCGGGGGGGUCACUACACUGCGUAUGUAAAAGUGCGCACCCCCCAGAGGAAAACAGAACCACACCACAGGAACCUGUCAGGGGCGAGGGAGGCCAGUGGCAGCUCCCAGGGCCAGUGGGUGUAUGUCAGCGAUACCACUGUUCAGACAGUACCAGAGUCACGGGUACUCAACUCUCAGGCAUACCUGCUCUUUUACGAGGAAAUGCUGUAAAGUGACCAGUAAAAGUAGUUUUCCCUAGAAAUCUGUUUUGCUCUGUAUUGUUUGUACAGCCUGUACUCCUCUUACUGUAUCCGUGAGUGGAUGAAGGGAAGAAAAGGGAAAGACUUCACUGUACACUCACGUCUGUUACAGGAGAGGAAUGGCCAUUGUGCCAUUUCUGCACAAACUCUAAAUCUCAAAUUGGCACUUUUAAAUAUUUUAGAUAUAUAAAAUAUUAACAUCAGAUUUUUUUUUGCUUUGGUAUAGCCCUGAUUUGCAUACAUGUUUCUAUUAUAAAAAAUCCUACCCUUUAAAAAGAGGUUGGGCAAAGAGAGUGUUAUUGAAGCUGAGCUGUUCUAAAUUUAUGGUCUGUCUCUGUCACGGUCACGUGUCUGAGAUAUAAACUGCAUGAAGGAGUUUGCUACAGUAACUAACAGGAAAUAAGCAGAAUUGUUGCAUGCUAAACUGUGCUCAGCACUGACCAGUUGAUGUCAGUAGUGUGUGUGUGUAUGAAUGUGUGUGUGUGUGCAUACACACAUGAAUGAGUGAGUGAGUGAGAGACAGGAGAAUGUAGUUUUAAGGUGCUGUGUGUACCAUUUUCACAUCAGUAAACGACUGCCAGAUUAAAUCGGGACAGCUGGUGUGAUUAACGUAAAAACUCAGGACCAUCAUAAAGAAGUCUGGCUCCUCCGUCAGCAAUGUGAAAAAGAUUUCACAUUGUGUGGCACUGGCUCUGAUUUGGUGAGAAAUGUGC